AUGAGCAAGAAUCUGCUUUCGGUGCCACAGAUCAACAAGGGUGGCAGGUUCCAAGUCGUGUUCGACGGGUCCAAGAUGCAAGUGCAGCGCAAGAAUUCCACACAAGUCGUGGCAACAGCGGAUCUCGUCGAUGGACUUUACUGGCUGCGGACUCCUCAACGAUCGGCGAAUGCAGCAACACGCAAUGGGACUAUCGACUUGCAUGCGCGCAUGGGUCAUGCACCUCUCGAAGUUCUGCGCAAGAUGGUGGCCACCGGCAUGAUCAAGGACGCCAAGGCACCUCUCAACUCGACUGGUCCAAGUGUGUGUCGCGGUUGCCAGCAAGGAAGGAUGGUCCAAAGACCAUUCCCAACCAACCGUGACAAACGCCAAUAUGGUGUGUUCGAGUUGCUGCAGUUCAACAUCUGCGGGCCAAUGGAACAAGUCUCGAUCGGCGGCAGCAGCUACUUUUGUGGUUGA